GGAGACGCAGGAGGAGGAGGAGAGGGGGGAGGGCCGCGGCUGCCCCCGCCCAGCCGAGCCUCGGGAGCGCCGGGAACCCCAGUCCCCGGCGCGCUCUCCGCGCCCUCCCACGCCGCCCGCCCGCACCUAGGGUCGCAGGUGCCCGGAUCGGCCGGAGCCUCUGCGGAAGCAAGGGCGCAGCCGGGUCAGGCGCGGGGCCGAAGCGGGGUCCUGCGGGCUCUCUGUCCGUCCGUCCGUCCAUCGGCCGCCGAAGCUCCUAGGAGGCGUCAUGUAGCAGCGGCCGCAGCCGCAGCCCCAGCCCCUCGCGGAUCAGCAACUAUUUAUUUAUUUAUUUGUUUGUUUUUUUGGGGGGGGGGCAGGGGCGCGGCCAAACAGUCUCUUCGGCCCGCCUUCUCGCCUCCUCCCAUUUGCACGCCGCAUCAGCCUCUCAAAACCGAGGGGUUCGAGAGGGCGGGGCGGUGGAUCGGAGCGGGACCUGCGGGCCCGGCGUGUGGAAGCCAUGGCCGAGGAGAGCAACGAGGUGCCCCGCGAGCUGACAGAAAGCGUGAAGGACGUGCUUGGCAGGAGGCUCAGGAUCGGCGUGAAGAAGAAAGUCAAGCUGGAAGUGAAGGGGGACAAACUUGAAAACAAGGUGCUGGUGCUCACGUCCUGCCGCGCCUUCCUCCUCGCCGCGCGGGUGCCCAGCAAGCUGGAGCUGAGCUUCAACUACUUGGACAUCCACGGCGUCACCUGCAGCAAGCCCGCCCAGAUGGUCGUGGACACGGAGAAGCACAGCCUGUCCCUGCGGAUGGCGUCGCCCGAGGACGUGAGCGACGUGCUGGCCCACGUGGGCUCCUGCCUGCGGAGGGCCUUCCCCGGCCUGUCUCCCCUGAAAAUCAUGAAGAGGGUGUCCGUGGAGCCGGCGGAGCGCCUGGCCAGCCUGCAGGCCCGGUGGGACAGCCAGCCCCUGGCCGAGCAGGGCCCCUGCGGUGGGUUUUCCCAGAUGUACGCCUACGUGUGCGACUGGCUGGGGUUCCCGUACCGGGAGGAGGUGCAGUGGGACGUGGACACCAUCUACCUGACACAGGACACCCGGGAGCUGAAUCUGCAGGACUUCAGUCACCUGGACCACAGGGACCUGAUCCCCAUCAUCGCGGCCCUGGAGUACAACCAGUGGUUCACCAAGCUGUCCGCCAAGGACCUGCGGCUGUCCGCCGACGUCUGCGAGCACGUGCUGCGGGUGGUGAGCAGGUCCGGUCGGCUGGAAGAGCUGGUGCUGGAGAACGCCGGGCUGCGAGCAGACUUUGCACAGAAGCUGGCCAGUGCGCUGGCGCACAACCCGGGCUCCGCGCUGCACACCAUCGACCUUGCUGGCAACGCGCUGGAGGACCGAGGUGUGUCCUCGCUGAGUGUCCAGUUUGCCAAACUCCCGAAGGGACUGAAGCAUUUAAACCUGUCCAAGACCUCACUGUCCCCGAAAGGGGUGAGCAGCCUUUCCCAGUCCCUCAGUGCCAACCCGCUGACCGCCACCACCCUCUGCCACCUGGACCUCUCGGGGAACGUGCUCCGCGGAGACGACCUCUCGCACAUGUACAGUUUUUUGGCCCAGCCGAAUGCCCUCGCCCACCUGGAUUUAUCCAACACGGAAUGUUCCCUGGACAUGGUCUGCGGCGCGCUGCUCCGCGGGUGCCUCCAGUACCUCGCCGUGCUCAACCUCUCCCGGGCCGUCUUCUCGCACCGGAAAGGCAAGGAGGUGCCCCCGUCCUUCAAGCAGUUUUUCGGCAGCUCCCUGGCGCUGACGCACAUCAACCUCUCCGGCACGAAGCUGGCCCCCGAGCCCUUGAAGGCGCUGCUGCUCAGCCUGGCCAGCAACCACAACCUGAAGGCCGUGUCCCUGGACCUCAGCGGCUGCGAGCUCGGCCACUGUCUGCGGUCGGGAGGCGCGCAGGUGCUGGAGGGCUGCGUGGCCGAGAUCCACAACAUCACCAGCCUGGACAUCUCCGACAACGGCUUAGAGUCCGACCUCUCCACCUUGAUCGUGUGGCUCAGUAAAAACCGGUCCAUACAACACCUGGCGCUAGGCAAAAACUUUAAUAACAUGAAAUCCAAAAACCUGGCCCCCGUCCUGGACAACCUGGUGCAGAUGAUUCAAGACGAGGAGUCGCCUCUGCAGUCCCUGUCCCUGGCCGACUCCAAGCUCAAGACCGAGGUCACCAUCCUCAUCAACGCGCUGGGCAGCAACACGUCCCUGACCGCAGUGGACAUCAGCGGGAACGCCAUGGGCGACCUGGGCGCCAGGAUGCUGGCCAAGGCGCUGCAGAUCAACACCAAGCUCAGGACUGUGAUCUGGGACAAGAACAACGUCACCGCACAAGGCUUCCAAGACAUAGCCGUUGCUAUGGAGAAGAACUACACCCUGAGGUUCAUGCCCAUCCCCAUGCACGACGCCGCCCAGGCCCUGAAGACGAGCCCCGAGAAGACGGAGGAGGCCCUGCAGAAGAUCGAGAACUACCUGCUGCGGAACCACGAGACCAGGAAGUACCUGCAGGAGCAGGCCUACCGCCUCCAGCAGGGCAUCGUCAGCAGCACCACGCAGCAGAUGAUCGACAGGAUGUGCGUGAAGGUGCAGGACCACCUGAACUCCCUGCGCAACUGCGCGGGGGACGCCGUCCAGGAGGACGUGAAGGCCGCGGAGCGGCUCAUGCGGGACGCCAAGAACUCCAAGACGUUGUUGCCAAACUUGUACCACGUCGGCAGCGCGUCCUGGGCGGGAGCCGGCGGCCUGCUGUCCAGCCCCAUCCAGGAGACGCUGGAGUCCAUGGCCGGAGAGGUGACGCGGGUGGUGGACGAGCAGCUGAAGGCGCUGCUGGAGUCCAUGGUGGACGCCGCCGAGAGCCUGUGCCCCCACGUGCUGAGGAGGGCCCGCCUGCGGCAGGACCUGCUGCAGGCCAGCACCGAGAAGAUCUCCAUCCCCCGCACCUUCGUGAAGAACGUGCUGCUGGAGCAGUCGGGGGUGGACAUCCUCAACAAGAUCAGUGAGGUGAAGCUGACCGUGGCCUCCUUCCUGUCCGACCGGAUCGUGGACGAGAUUCUGGACGCGCUCUCGCACAGCCACCACACGCUGACCGAGCACUUCGCCCGGCGGGGCAGGACCCUCCCCGCGGCCGAGGCCCUGGACGUGGAGCCGGCCGACGAGAAGCCCGCCCGGCGCCUGGCGCCCGCGGCCGAGGAGCUCACGGAGGCGGAGCGGCUGGAGGAUCUGGACACCUGCAUGAUGACCCCCAAGUCCAAGAGGAAGACGAUCCACAGCCGGAUGCUGCGGCCGGUUUCCAGGGCCUUCGAGAUGGAGUUUGACCUGGACAAGGCGCUGGAGGACGUGCCGAUCCACGUGGAGGACCCGCCCGGCCGGCCGGGGAAGCGGGGCUCGGGCUUCAUCGCGGAGCUGCCCUCCGAGGAGGGCCGGAAGCUGGAGCACUUCACCAAGCUGCGGCCGCGGCGUCACAAGAAGCAGCAGCCCACCCAGGCGGCGGUCUGUGCCGCCGCCCCCGCGGCCCCGGACGGCGAGCAGAACGGCCUCAUGGGCCGAGUGGACGAAGGGGUCGACGAGUUCUUCACCAAGAAGGUGACCAGAAUGAGGUCGUCCGCGCGGGGCCCCGAGCCCCAGGAGCCCGGGGAGGGGGGCGACGAGAAGAGGAGGCGGGAGUCUCGGAGGAGCGGCUUCCUCAACCUCAUCAAACCCCGGUCCAAGCCCGAGCGGCCGCCGACCGUCCUGAUGGCGGAGGAGCCGUCCUCGCCCAAGGGCGCCAUGCGGGGCCCGGCGGGGGACACGCCCCGGAGGGACUCGCGGCCGGCCGAGCACAACGGCGGGUCCGAGCGGGCGGAGGAGACCAGGACGCCCGAGGCCCCGGACGAGAGCCCGGCGGCGGAGGAGGCGGGGCGGCCGGAGCCUGGGGACGGCAGGGGCAGCCCCCAGGGCGGCCGGCGGUACGGGGUGCAGGUGAUGGGCAGCGGGCUGCUGGCGGAGAUGAAGGCCAAGCAGGAGCGCCGGGCGGCCUGUGUGCACAAGAAGCUUGGGAACGACACCCCCUCCCAGGAGCCCCCCAGCCUGGCCGUGAGCUCGGAGCAGCUGGACGGCGGUGGGGCAGGGCCUAAACUGCAGCCCGCCCUUCCGGAGACACGCUUCAGCUUGGGGUCCCCAGAGAAGAACGCCAAGGCGGACCCCCGAGUGGAUGCGGGCUUCCGGGCCCGCAGCGCCUCCAACCCCAAGCCCGCACUGCAGUCACCCAGGCCCAGCCUGGCCGCCCGGCCGGCCAUCCCGCAGAAGCCGAGGACCGUCUCGCGGGCCGACGACGCCCCCGACUCGCCACCCAGCCUCGGGUCCCCCAAAGUGGCUCUGCUGCCACCCGUGCUGAAGAAGGCCCCCUCGGACAAGGAGCGGGAAGGCCAGGGGAGCCCCCAGCCCAGCCCGAGGACCUUUUCCCAGGAAGUGGUGCAAAGAGGAGAGUAUUACAAAAGGCACUCGGAUCACAGCAGUGACCGGCCUUCCAGCCGCGGGAAACGAUCUUCCAAGCUGCCCUUCACACUCACGGAAGAGGAGCUGGACGCAGCGGGGCGCAGGAAGCCGCAGCCGACACAGGCCUCGAGGAGGAGCUGGGGCCCGCAGCCCCCGGAGCCCCCGGAGCAGAAGCCGUGGCCCCCCAGCAAAGACGGCCUUCCCGGCAGCAAGUCCAGCGACUCCGGGGAGGAGGCCGAGAAGGAGUUCAUCUUCGUGUGAGGGUCGCGCCCGUGGGUGCAGCCCCGCCCCCGCCCAGGCGCCUCCGACUGGGCGCUUUUUUCUUUGCCUUC